GCUCCUCCAGUGUGUGGCUGGGUUGCCUACUCGAGUAUAUGGGGAAUUUCAUUUUACGCUGUAGUUUCCAACAUGGCGUCGAAGGCAAUCAAGUUUUCCCCAGCAUUGAAAGAAUUGCGAAUUCAUUUGUGUCAAAAGUCAGAGGCUAGUCAGGGUGUUCGUGACUUCAUUGAAAAGUACUAUGUAUCCAUCAAGCAGCAAAAUCCCAAGUUUCCCAUUCUGAUCCGUGAAUGCAGUGGGGUGCAGCCACGUCUUUGGGCUCGAUAUGAUGGUGGUCGGGAAAGCAGCAUUCCUUUAACUAAGUUAAAAGCUGACGAAGUCCUCCAGAAUGUGUCUUUAGUGUCCAAACAUGCCUAGUUGGUAAACUCUCAGAGCAGAAUAUUUACUCUUGUACAUAACUGUAAUUGACCAUGUGAAAAAUUUGGUCAUUGUGUCUUUAAAAAUAAAUAAACACUGUUAGUUGUU